AUGGUAAGCGGAAGGGGAAUUAAUACAUCAAAUUUAUCAAUAAUUGUUCGUGAAUUAUUUCAAGAUAAUAUUAUUCGUGAUCGUGGUUUACUUGUUCGUAGUAUUAUUCAAGCACAAAUAGCAUCAACAAUUUAUACACCUGUUUAUGCUGCAUUAUUACAUGAAACAGUUGCAUUAGAAAUACUUGUACGUUUACUUGAAAAACCAAUUGAUGAUAGUAUUAUAUUAUCCAAAUGGAUUAGAUUCAAUAUUCACAAUAUUAUUCAUGAAUCAUCAUUAAAUAAACGUACACAAUAUAUAAUUGAAGUUUUAUUUGUUUUACGAAAAGAUAAAUUUAAAGUUCAUCCUUCUAUUCCAUUUGGUCUUGAUUUAAUUCAUGAAAAUGAUCAAUAUACACAUAUGAUUAAAUUAGAUGCUUCAUGUGAACCUGAAAUAGAGCUUGAUGUAUUUAAAUAUGAUGAACAAUAUGAAGAUAAAUCAAUUUCUAGUUCAUCCGAUGAUGAAGAUGAGUAG